AGGUCUCUUUAAAAGAAUCGGAGAACCUGUUCUCUGAGAAUUCAUUCACACACUGACAGCACAAUGAUGAAAGCGAUUCUUCCUCUCUGUUUAAUUGGGUUUGCACUGUGCCAAGAAGGCAACAUUGUACAGGUUGCAAAAAAGCUUGGAGCAACAACCUUGUUAGAGUUUGCAACGGAGGCUGGUCUGGCAGAUACUUUGGCUACUGGAGGACCAUUCACCGUUUUUGCCCCUACUAACGAAGCUUUCGCCAAACUACCACCAAAGGUGGUGGAAUUCUUGAAGAAAAACAAAGAAGCUUUACAGGAGGUUCUUAAAUUCCAUGUUCUUAGUGGAAAGACGUAUUCAAGUCAGCUUAAAAAUGAACUUGUAGUACAGACGCUUGACCCAAAGCUAAGCGUCAGAAUCAACAUUUACCAAAACGGCAAGGUCAUCACAGCUGAUGGAAGUCCGGUAGUUCUAGCAGAUCAGAAUGCGACCAAUGGCGUCAUCCACGUCAUCAACCGAGUGGAGUUUCCUAUCCCUGUGAUGGAUGUAGUGAAGACAGCGGAGCGACUGAGUGAGCUGGGAACUCUGGUGAAGGCCGUAGUAGCAGCAGGUCUGCAGAAUACCUUGUCAGGCCCAGGCCCAUUCACCGUGUUUGCUCCAACGGACCAAGCUUUUGCUGCCCUGCCACCCGGGACGCUAGAUAAUCUACUGAAAAACAAAACGGCACUCACAGACGUACUUACAUACCACGUGGUCAGCGGCACCUACUUUAGUUCAGGACUAACAUCUGGAGCAGUCCCAACUGUAGAAGGCAAGAGUGUCAACAUCGUCGUUGGGCAAGGUGUAAAGGUGAAUGGCGCCAAUGUUGUGGUGGCUGACGAAGCUGUAACUAAUGGAGUUAUUCAUAUCAUUGACAAAGUCCUUAUACCUCCUUCUUUUACUUGAUUUUCUUUCUUUAGAUAUUUUUUUAUAGAAUGCUAUUUAAAUAGUUUGUAGUUUUAUAUACUAGGUAGCUUAAACUUGUGUAAUAAUUGUAUAUUUCAUUAAAAAUAUCCAACGAUA